AUUUGUGUACUGAUCUCUUAAUGAGAGUUUGGAUGGCUCUGUAGUCGAUAGGUGUACCACACCUGUUGAUAAAACACACAUUUCAUCUUAGUUGACAUUUGCACUAGUAAAAUUUCUUCGUGACUUUCUAUUAAUUCUUUCCCAAUGACAUAAUUUUUAAAUGUUUUUAUAAUACCCUUUAAUAAUUAAUUGUUAUUACUGGAAAUAUCUUGUUCAUUUUGUCUCAUCAACUAUUUAUUAAUUAUUAUUAUCCAUAGAAAAAGUUAAUAAUUCCAACUAUUAUCUAGUAAUUUUUUUUAACUUUGGUAUGCUUUACUUAGAAAAUAUUUAUUUAAUUUAACUGCCAUGACACCGACACAUAAUGAUACUAAAAGUCCAACUACUGAAGGUUUACCAGCUAAAUUUGUUCAUUCAAUGAGAACUCUGUUUGAUAUAUUAGAUGAUAAACGAACGGGUUUUGUUAAAUUUUCGGAAAUUGAAACACGUUGGCAAGAUGAUGGAACCAAAGGAUUACCAAAAGGAGUUUUAGAUAGUCUUCGCAAAGUAACUCCACCUAAUGGUCUAUUAUCUUUUGAUAGAUUCUGUACAGGUUUAAAAAUGUGCUUACUACGUAACCAAAUGGAAAAUGGUUUUAGGGCAAAUGACCCUUUGAGACCUCCUUCUGCUCCUCUUUUAGAUGUAGAUGUUAAGCCAAAUAUUCAAUGGACUACAGGAAAUAUGGCUGCAAUUAGACCUACUCAACAAAGAACCUUAAGUAUGCCUCAAUUGGCAUUAGAGCGUAAUAAUAAUAAUAUAAAUAAAGAAGUCAUUCAACAACAACCUAAAUCUACAUCAUCACUAUUUGGUCCUCCAAAACCUCCUAGAACUGCAGCAGGAUUAGAACGUGGUGUACAAUUAGCUUCCAAUGAUCGUAACAUUGAUAAAGCUGAAAUAAGAACAGCAUUACAAAAUUGGCAGUUGGGAAUAUUAUUAAAUGAUCAAAGUAGCUCAAGAAGUGAAAAACAAUCAAAUGAACAAACUUAUAAAAGAAUUAAUCAGAGACGGAGGGAGCCUAGACGACAUACAUUACAAAGUGGAAUUGAUUAUAACUUGUUGAAGAGAAUGAAACAGAUAGAACAAGAAAAAGAAGUUCUUGUGAUUGGUCUUCAAGCAGUAGAUAGAGCAAGAGAUUGGUAUCACAAACAAAUAACUGUAGUACAAGAAAAGAUGAAGUACCUUGGAAGAACAAAUUUACAUACUCAAGAUCAAUGGACUGAAGCACAACAAGAACGUAUUGAGUUACAAAGAGCUAGAGUAUUAGAAGUUAAUAGACAUUUAGCAGCACUAACUGAUGGAGGUGAAGGAUGGAGUGGUUUGCCAUUGCACAUGAAUUUAGCUGUGCAUUCAGCAAAUAGUUCCGGGCUUAAUGUAAAUCAAAAUCCUCAAGUAAUAGUUUCUUUAAAACAUCGAAAUCAUGUUCUGACUGAGGAACUUGGUCAAAAAAAUGAAAGAAUAACAAUAUUAGAAAGAGAAAAAGCAACACUUAUUAGGGAACUAUUUCAAUCAAGAUCUCAAGUUCCACAGAAAAGAAUGGAUAUAAAAUCUGGUAAUCAACCAUAUGCACCUUAGAGUAUUAAUAUUACUAAUAUAAUUGCAUUGGUAAUUAGACAAAAAAUUUUUUUUCUUUUAAUCAUCAAGUCAUUUUAAUAAUUCAUAUUAUCAAGUAAAUAGUUUGUUUGUUAACAUUUUAUUUUAAAAGGAUUAUUUCUAAAACUAUUACUGUAAUAAUGUCAAUAUUAAAUAAAUAACAACUUAUAUCAAGUUUCAUUGUCGUCAUAAUAUUUGAGUAUUUUAUAAUAAUUAAAAAUAAGUUUUUUUGACAUUUUUAUGUAACACUAUGCUAACUAUAGUAAAUUUAAUUAUUAUUUAAUGGUAUAUUUUUUAUUUGGGAUUUUUCUUACUUAGUCAUAGUAUGUAUGAAAUA